GGAAAUAUUUAUAAAGUUGAUGUAAAAGAAAGUGAAACAGAAGCUUUUAAUAUACAUCAAAAUUCAGAGAAACAAAAUGGGAAAAACCAUACAAGAAAUUAUAAUCUUAGGAAACAAGAAAUAUUUAAUUAUGUGGAGACCUCUGAUUCAAAUAAUCCUUUAGUUAUAUCACCAAACAAACCAAUUAUAACAAGAACAACUUAUAAUAAAUUUUCAACACAUAUAAUUUGUGCUUUCAACGCAAUGAUCUGUUUUGUCAAGGAAACAACAGAUAAAACUUUAUAUGAAAAAAUCAAAAAUCUUCUCAGGAUGAGAAACAAAAUGGUUUUAAAUAGUUCAAUAACUAAAAAACUUAGUGUAAUCUUUCAAACAGAUUAUUCAGAUAUGAUUAUGAGAAUAAUUAUGGAGACAACAGUUGAUAAUUUAAACUCAAAAAGGAAAGAAUUAAAUGAAGAAACCCGUGGUCAAAUUGUUG